AUGAUUGUCGUCUAUGCCCAAUGGGUCAAUCUCAACGAAGAGCCAUAUUCACCCGAUCUCUUUACCCAAAUCAACAACGUACCAAAUGAGUUCAAGAUCGUCAAAGAGGCUCCUGAAGGCACCCUAAUGUCCGUUGUCGCUUCCAUGUGGUUAUUCGGCAGUCCCCACGAGUUUCCCUACCCUUACGACAAGCGCACCAACAGCACCACCUCAACCGAUCUCUCCAAAACAGGCUGGUCAUCUUGGUUCUCCGGCCGUAUCAACGAGGUUAUUAAAGAUCAGCACAACGGUCUCUGGGUCCCUUCCCAACUCCAAGUCUACGGCGGCGAGCAAUCCAUGUUUCGCAGAAACGCAGGUAACGGCACAGCGUACUGCUUCCGAGAUGCUACCUUUGGCGGAACUUGGGAUGUUUUCUAUGAGGGUACUAAGGGGGAAGCAGCUGGGAAGUGGCAGGCGGUGAAUGAUGAGGGUCGGCCGAAGUAUUUUAGUAAGAAAGAUCGUCGUGUUCUGUGGGGAUCGUACGGUUUGGAAUAUGAAGGAUGCUUGGCAGUUCUAUUAUGA